AUGAUAUCUAAACGGUAUCUCAAACUCCUUGUGGUCUUUUUGGGCCUCAUUGCAAUUAUGGCACCCAUUGCCGAAGGAAGCCCUCCCAAGAGAACAUUAAAUCCGUUGGCCAAGUGUGGAAAAUCAAAUGCACAAUGUACCAAAGGCAGUCCUUUGUGUUCAGGCACCACACCGAAGUGCAGCGAGGGGGGAGCAUUCAAGCAGUGUCCAGUACCAAUUACAUGUUAA